AUGCCCAAUCAUCGAGCGUCCCUGCGCAGCUCUCGUCGCGUGCCUCCGCUCGCCGACAAAGACAUUGACCACGAGAUCAGCCUCGUUGACCGCGACGAACCCGUUACUUCCCCCGUAGCCAAGCGCUUGAGUGUCCGGACAAGCUAUUCGAGCCAAUUGAGCGAGGUCGACGAGGUCGAGUCUUCGAGCCCAGAAGGAAGUUCGGGUGCGGAUCAGAAUACAAGUCUUCAGGCGCCGCCAACCCGACUUAGUACGGAUAAUACAGAACCCGGCGGCCGUCGACGCCCGACAAAUGAAAUUGAAUCGGAAAUUGACGUACUUUACGAGAACCAGCGUGGCGGGUUUCUAUGCGGCAUCCCUCUUUUCUCUUCUGCGGCAUUGGGGAACCUGGACCCCCCAGCCUGGACCAAUUUUGCCCACAAGCCCAGCCCCACUGAUAUCUACACAGCUCAGGUUCCUGAUCCGAGCUGGCAAUGGGCUUGGCCCGAGUGGCGUAUAAACCGUGACGAGGAAAUCCAGACCGAUAGCGACGGCUGGGAAUAUUCGUUCAUGUUUUCUAAAAAAUUCUCCUGGCACGCUCCUAAGUGGUAUAGCUCAUUUGUUCGAAGAAGGGCAUGGAUUAGGAGACGAAUAAAAAUAGGCACGGGGUAUCAAGGUAUGGAUGAUCAGGCCAUGAACCCAACCUACUUUUCCGUGUUAUCCAAGAAACAGACCUUGAGCCCCUUCGCGACUAUAGACGAGGUCGGGAGAAUCAGUACAGAAAGGCAGUCUGGAAUGUCGCGGGAUAGGUCAGGGGCAGAUGCGGAGGAAAGCUCUCCGGACUCGCUGGAGAUCAAAACCACUGAAGAUUUGAUGGCUAUUCUUGGACAAUUACGGAUUGACCGCGAGAGACUCGAGGCAGUCGAAAACUACAUUGAGAAUUGUACAGACGACCUGCUGCACCUACAGGAUUACAUGCACGAGAUCAUGUCCAUGUUUGUCUUUCAGGCAUCUCGGAAAACACUGUUGACGCAACUCACACAAUUGCAUGAUGAUGGAACAAGUAAAACGAAGAAAGGAAAAUCGGCAAAAACGCCCAAAGCGGAAAAUCUCGCGGCGGCUAUCAAGCAUGCCGACGAGGAAGUGCGCAAGUUGGAAUAUUGGAGCGAUAUCAAAGGGAUGGCUGAGAAUGGCGAAGCAGCUGGCGCUGUGGAUCAUCAGAAGGGGUGGGACUCUGGCUGGCAGGGCAUCGACAAGAGUGGUGCGAAGGGUAUCGACAAUGACGAACUUCCGCAAUAA